UUGGCGACUCCACUGGGGACUUCACCCUCAAGUUCUUCAGAGAGAAGUGACUCAUACCUUAGUGAAACAAGGUUUGAAGAAUGCUCUAUCUCUCCCUUGUCCAUCAAAGCACUUAAAGAUGUUGGUUAUGAGAGGAUGACUGUAGUACAGGAGGCAACCCUUCCUGUCAUUCUAAAAGGUAAGGAUGUCCUGGCCAGCAAAACUGGCACUGGGAAGACAGUGGCAUUCUUGCUUCCUUCUAUCGAGGUAAUUACAAAAUCACCACCUGCAGCUCGUGAUCAGAAGCGACCUCCAAUACUUGUGCUUGUCAUUUGCCCAACCCGGGAGCUUGCAAGUCAAGCUGCUACAGAGGCCAACACAUUGUUGAAAUACCACCCUUCAAUAGGUGUUCAAGUUGUAAUAGGUGGUACAAGGCUUGCAUUGGAACAGAAAAGAAUGCAAGCAAAUCCAUGCCAGAUUCUUGUGGCUACACCUGGAAGACUUAGAGAUCAUAUUGAGAAUACAGCAGGGUUUGCAACUCGUUUGAUGGGUGUUAAAGUGUUGGUGCUUGAUGAAGCUGAUCAUUUGUUAGAUAUGGGAUUUCGUAAAGAUAUUGAGAGAAUCAUAGAUGCCGUUCCAAAACAGCGCCAGACACUUCUUUUUUCUGCUACCAUACCACAGGAGGUUCGUCAUAUAUGUCAUAUUGCUUUAAAAAGAGAUCAUGAGUUCAUCAACACAGUUCAAGAGGGCAGUGAAGAGACACAUUCACAAGUUAGACAGAUGCAUAUGGUUGCUCCUCUAGACAAGCAUUUUACGCUUCUUUAUACUCUACUGAAAGAGCAUAUAGCUGAUGAUGUUGAUUAUAAGGUUCUUGUGUUUUGCACAACUGCAAUGGUCACAAGACUUGUUGCUGACCUUCUUGCUGAACUUAACUUGAAUGUCCGAGAAAUUCAUUCUAGAAAGCCCCAGAGUUACCGAACCAGGAUUUCAGAUGAAUUUCGAAAAUCAAAAGGUCUAAUUCUUGUGACAUCUGAUGUAUCUGCACGUGGGGUUGAUUAUCCAGACGUGACUCUUGUUGUUCAGAUUGGUUUGCCAGCUGAUAGACAGCAAUAUAUACAUCGACUAGGUAGAACUGGGCGCAAAGGCAAAGAAGGUCAAGGCAUGUUACUAUUGGCCCCUUGGGAGGAAUUCUUCUUGUCAACCAUUAAAGACUUGCCAACAACGAAGGCAGAGGUACCUUUGGUUGAUCCAGACACGAGGAAAAAGGUGGAACGAGCACUAUCCCCAGUGGAGUCGCCAACUGUCGCGCCCCACUUUUCGAUGAGUGAAUAA